AUGAGUGAAAGUGUACCAACGCGAGAAGAUCUCCAUAAUCCUAUUGAUUGCAAAGAACAAUUUUGGCCUGACGAUUCUAAUCAACUAAAAUAUACAGAAAUCAUCUUAAAUCCUAUUUUGAAAUACAAUGUUAUAGAAUUUAGACAUCAUCCAAACGGCACUGAAUUUCCCGUUUUAACCGGGACUUCUAGGGUCGUCAAUUAUUUUACAAAUGAAAUAGAACUUGUAUUUACUGCGCCUGAUGAUAAUGAUUUAAAUUUAGAAUCCUGUAAAUAUCGAAUUUCUUGGACUUGGUGGCUUAACGGUUAUAUUCAGAGACUAUAUGAAAACGCAAACGAAACAGUUUUCAAAAAAAUUUUCUUUUUUAAAGGAAAUCCUGAUUUGGGUUCGACUUUCUCAUCUGUGG